AGCUCCCCGCAGCGCGCAACGCCCAUCCGGUCUAUGAACAAUAUCCCGUUCCUCGGCGCGCUCUUCGGUACAAAAAUGGCAGACAACACCAACUACCCAAUCCAGAAGCCUGAGGGAGAGUGGCAGACCCAGCUUUCGCCAGAGCAAUUUCGCGUUCUUCGCAAGAAGGGAACCGAGCCACCUGGCUCCAGUAAGCUCGACAAGCACUACCCCGACGCCGGCGUAUACACAUGCGCAGGCUGCGAUGCACCGCUGUACAAAGCCAACCACAAGUUUGACUCCGGGUGCGGAUGGCCUGCUUUCUGGGACGCAUUCCCGGAUGCUGUCGGCCAGCGGCCAGAUCCAGGUCUCGGCAUGAUGAGGACGGAAAUCGUAUGCAACAACUGUGGAGGGCACCUAGGGCAUAUUUUCAAAGGCGAGAGGUUCGGGAACCCCAAGGAUGAGAGGCAUUGCGUGAAUGGCAUAUCAAUCAACUUCAGCCCCGAGGAAAAGAAGGAAUGACUCGCCGAGACAGGGCAAAAGACGGCACGAGAGAGGCUCUGAGUAUUUGGCGAGGGAGUUGUAUCAUAUGUUCGAAUCAUGAAGGCGACAUGAUGACCAGAUGACGA